AUGCCCAUCCUGAGAAAUCCGUUAAGACGUUCGAAAACUGCAUCUAGCAUGCCUCAAACUCAGGGCUAUCCAACAAGCUCAGAGUUCCCAUACCCUUACAAACCAAAGACGGAAAUACCAGCCAAAAAAUUUAUUGAAUUCAAUGAUGCUAAUUUUGCGACGUUGUUCUGGCCAUCAGUAUCUAAACCCAAGGGUCGUGUUCUCAUUGUCCAUGGGUUUGGGGAAUAUUCACGUCUUCAACACCGUUUGAUGGAUCAACUAGCACUCAACGGCUACGAAUCAUGGACCUUUGAUCAAAGAGGUGCAGGCGAAACAUCUGAAGGAAAGGAAAGAGGUAGGACUAAUGAAUUCCACGUUUUCAACGAUCUAGAUCAUUUUAUCGAACUGAACUAUAAAGAAACCCAGGAGAAAGGCAUUCCUCUAAUUCUGUUCGGCCAUUCAAUGGGCGGUGGUAUUACAUUAAACUACGGUAUUCGUGGUACUCACAAGGAAAAAAUCGCUGCUUACUCUACAACAGGUCCAUUAGUCGUUUUGCAUCCACACUCUGCUCCCUCCAGUGCAAUUAUUCUAGUUGCUCCACUAUUGGCAACAUUUCUACCUAAUUUCCAAAUAAACAGUGGACUAGAUGUGGACGCAAUUGCAGGCGAUCCACAAUACAAGAAGUUUCUACUUCAUGAUGAGCCACUGGGCAUGCCGCUAAUCGGUACUUUGAGACAGAUAUACGAUUUCCUACAGAGAGGAAAACAGCUUGAUGAAAACUCCGAUGGCUAUGUGACCAAAUUUGUAAAAAGACCACUAUUUAUCAUGCACGGUGCGAAUGACACUAUUAAUGACCCUGCGGCAACCAAACGGUUCUACAACAACUCAACACUAACAGACAAAAAGCUCGAGGUAUACCCCGGCAUGGUACACUCAUUGCUAUCACUAGAGAACGACGAAAAUUUUGCAAAAGUGUUUGAUGAUUACAGAGAGUGGCUAGACAGUAAAUUUGCUUAG